GUAGACGGCUUAUAUCAUCGAAACAUCGUUGAUAUUGCGCUUGCAGCCAUUCAGGAUCCCACCACAUUCAGUGCACUGAAUACCACGCCCUUCGAACAACGCUAUGGGACCUCUGAUGGCCGCGAUAUACGGAUCUACUCGGAGGCUUACAACUCGGACGCUGCUCUGAGAGCGUAUCGAGAAGUGAGCGCAGUACCACGACAAGCAAGAGAUACUAUGGAACGAAUCGUUAUUCUAGUCGACUUCUACUCGGACGGAACUCUUCUUGCUAACUUCGGCGAGGCUUCUCUUCAUCCCAUCUAUAUGUUUUUCGCCAAUCAGUCGAAGUAUACACGAAGUAAGCCCACAUCAAAAUCAUGUCAUCACCUCGCGUACAUUCCUGAUCUGCCUUCCGGCUGGCAAAACACGUACACAGAUAGAUUCAAAAAGCCACCCACGAAGGACGUCCACACGCACAUGCGACGCGAGCUCAUGCAGGCUGUAUGGCGACUUUUACUGAGUGACAAGCGUCUGCGCCGUGCCUAUGACAAGGGACUCGUAUCCAUUUGUGGAGAUGGCCUCACCCGCCGAGCAUUCAUUCGGUUCAACACAUAUGCAGGCGACUUUCUGGAAAAGCAAUUUCCUUGUCCGCGCUGCCUUAUUCCUAAGGAUCAAUUGGCCGACUUGGGAACACCACGCGACAUGCGGAUGCGGUCAAAGUUCCGAGAGGACUCUGAGCAUCGACAGGGUCUAGUAGAGCAGGCGCGUAAUAGGAUCUUCAAGAAAGGUUAUUCUGUCAAUUCAACACGAGUGAAGUCUCUUCUCGAGGAAGGAUCAUUUACACCUACAACUAACGCUUUCUCGGAGUUCUUGCUACCGAGAGGCGUGAACUUUUUUUCGCUAUUCGCAGUUGAUCUCCUGCAUGAAUUCGAGCUCGGCGUGUGGAAAACUGUCUUCACACACUUGAUCCGAAUUCUC